AUGCGUUUCAACAGUAAGUUCCCGUGCACAUAGCACUACCCAUUCUUCACGACGUCUGGGUUGGGCCAGACGCUUUGAGGAAUAUAUACAGUGGAACUCCUGUAUAACGAACUCCUCUAUAACGAACAGUCCGUAUAACGAACAACUUUUGAAUCCCCGUCUAUCACUACACAGUGCAUUUAAAACUCCUGUAUAACAAAACUCCUUUAUAACGAACAAAUUUCUAAUCCCCGAGCGAUUCGUUGUACAGGAGUUCCACUGUAGAUAGUAGGGUUUAAACAAGUUCGUUCCGAAUAGCCAGCGGCGCCACAGCCUACCAAAGCACUUUUAAAAUUUUUGUUUAAAGAAAGGGCGCAGAAUUAAGUGAACGAUCUAAUAAUUUUAGGCCCGGCCUCUUUAUACGUCUAAUAAAGGCUGAUUUUAUUCCGUCAUCACAGUACAUUUGCCGAUGCAAAUUGUUGCUUGUAUACUGGAAGAAUAGUGAUAUAUCUAGACGAGCACUUGUUGAUUAGCAACAUUAAUUUCGGCUUAAAAGAGUUUAAACUGCUAGACUUUCGGAAAUAUAUCGAGGGAAACCCUAACGACUUGGAAGCUACCGGCUUGAUCAGAGAAGCAAAGUUGGUUAACCGAGGCACUCGUGUUAUUGUAGCUAUGAAUGGGGCUACAGUUGUAUACGAUAUAGAAGAAGACAAAAUAAGUGCUGAAUACGAUUAUAACUGGAAAUGCAAUGAUAUGUUUUGUGUUUACCGUGAUAACGUAUAUGUUGAUCUACAUAAUGAUAAGCAGUUUGUGUUAGACGGUAAUGUAAUUGAAGAGAAAGUACAGGAUCUUUGUUUGAAGGACUUCAGAAGGUACAACAUAUACCAGACAAAGGUGGGACAGUUGGUACUAAAUGAUUAUCUUAGUAAUGAGAGCAAUACAGUUGAUGUCGUGGACCUUUCACUCGCACUUAUAUCACGUAAUACUAACAUGAUAUACUUGUUUUGUAAGUUGAAAUUUUUUAUUUUUUAAAAUUUAAGUUUUUCGAAAGCAUUUUAAAAUUUUUGAAGUUAAUGUAUUGUUUUAGGCAGAGGAAGCUUUCAUAUAUACAGUAUUAAAGAAAAGAAGUUGGUGUUUUCUCACACUGACUAUAAGCAUCGUUACUGGAACUUGUUCUCGGACUACGCCUUGUUCAACUUUGAAACUGUUGAAGUAAGUUUUUACAAAGACAAAUUUUUAGAAAAGUUUUUUUUAUUGUUAAAAGGUUAGGGUAGAUCAGAUAACAAUACAAUAAAGUAGAGUAAGGUAAAGUAUAGUAUAAAGGAGUAGAGUAGGACAAAGCAAGGUAAGGAAAAGUAGCGAAGGAAAGAGUAAGUCUAGGAUGAUUUAUUGGGCCAUUGUUUACUCUUGAUACUUUAGGUAGGGUAGGUUAAGGUAAGAUAGAAUAGGGUAGGGUAAAGUAGGGUCACUAUAAAAAUUGUAUGAAACAGUAAUUUUGCAGCUUCUGCACUUUAAUCAAAAACGAAAAGUGUGGGUUAAGGAAAGCCACAGCUUAUUAACAUUACUAAAGAACAGUUCGUUAACCAUUCAACCAUCGCACUCAAGGGAUUUUAUCCUAAAGUUGUGCCGUGAUACUGACAGGGAUCACAUAGUCUUUAAUGAUUGGAGCAAAGGUUUGUUCAUUUUUCAUUUUUUCACAAAAGAAGCUGGAAACAACUUAAAAUCCAUUGAUUUUUUAGAAAAGCUGAACUUUAAAUAUUUCUCGUCUUAUCCAACUGAAAAACGUCAUCAUUCGCUUUUUGAUAUCGAGCUGGAAAAAACAUGUUGUGAAGAAAGUCGAAACGACAAAAACGUUGAUCCUCAAGUGCUGAAUAAAUUUAAUGCCAUUGUUGAAGAGUACGAAACCGAGCAAAAACAUAUCAACCAAAUCAGAAGCGAUAAGAAGAUAACUUUUACUGAUCUAUUCAACAUAUCAAAAUAA